AUGCAAUCAUUUAAGUUCACAAAGCCUGCCAAUUAAAAGAUUAUCAAGAGGUAUUUUGAUCUUGAAGGAGACACUGUAAAGGAUAAGGAUGAUAUUAAGAAGAUCUUAAUGAAAAAAGUGAAAAGAGCUCAUAAUUUAGAAAAGCAACUAGUCACGAUGGAGUUUCAAUAAUCUGGAUGUGCUAACGAUUCAGAAGUGCAUGCAGAAGUAGAUAGAAGAAUGAGAUUUAAAAGAUUGAGUUAAUUGCCUGUGAUUGAAUAAGAAGUUGCUCGAAUUGAAUCCAAAUACAAUCCUUAGUUUUCAACUAUGUCUGUUUCGAAAAGAGAUAAAUUGAAAAAGAGAUCUGCUAGCAUACACCAGUAAAAGAUUAAACGAAUCGAGGGUUUGGGCAGCAAAUAUCUAAAAGACUACACUGAAUUCUCUUAUAAAAUAGAUAGUGUCUUAAAUGAAGCUUAUCUAUUCAUUAAGAAACUUUAAGAACAGCCAGUUAAGCCAACAAGGUUCGGAAAUUAUGAUUGA